CGGCCGUCCUCGUCCCUGCGCUCGAGUGGAAGCGGGCUCCGCAAAUGGCUUGUCCCGCUCUCGAUCUGGACGCCCUGCAGCCCCUGCAGCCCGAGCCGCCCCCCGAGCCUGCCUUCUCCGAGGCGCAGAAGUGGAUCGAGGACAACAUCAUCUUGUUCCUGAGAGGCUGCAAGGAGCUCGGCCUCAAAGAAUCUCAACUUUUUGACCCCAGUGACCUCCAGGACUCGUCCAACCGAGCGGCAGUCAAGAGCCUUGAUUAUAGUAGGAAGCUGAAAAAUGUGUUAGUUACCAUCUACUGGCUGGGAAAAGCUGCAAACAGCUGCACAUCCUACAGUGGGACCACGCUGAACCUGAAGGAGUUUGAAGGCUUGUUGGCUCAGAUGAGAAAGGAGACUGAUGACAUUGAUAGUCCUAAACGCAGCAUCCGAGACAGCGGCUACGUCGACUGCUGGGACUCUGAGCGCAGCGACUCGCUGUCCCCCCCUCGCCACGGCAGAGAUGAUUCCUUCGACAGCCUGGAUUCCUUCGGCUCCCGCUCCCGGCAGACGCCGUCGCCAGAUGUAGUCCUCAGGGGGAGCAGCGAUGGCAGAGGAAGCGACUCCGAGUCCGACCUGCCUCAUCGGAAGCUGCCGGACGUGAAGAAGGACGACAUGUCCGCGCGGAGGGCCUCGCACGGGGAGCCCAAGUCCGCGGUGCCUUUCAACCAGUACCUCCCCAACAAGAGCAACCAGACGGCCUACGUCCCCGCGCCGCUGAGGAAGAAGAAGGCCGAGCGCGAGGAGUACCGCAAGAGCUGGGGCACGGCCACCUCGCCCCUGGGCGGGGAGAGGCCCCUCAGCCGUCCUGAGACCAUAGAGGAAGAGGGAAGUGAAGUGGGGUCUCCCGGUGAAGAGGACCCGGUCGGCCCAGCGCAGCCCGGUGGGAAGCCUCCCGACGGUGGGUUAGAACUGCCCAGCGGCCGUGGCGAGGAGCCCCCUCCUCCAGAGGGGGCCGGGCUGGCUCCAGCUCCCAAGCCGGAAGAGAAAGAUGCCGCCGAAAUCCAAAAGCGCAGGAGGCUGGAGCAGGCUGGAAUCAAGGUCAUGCCGGCAGCCCAGCGCUUUGCCAGUCACAAACAAUCACGGGAAGAGCAAGAAGCUGUUCGCGAUAUUAUCCUUCGCAAGGAAAACCCUUUCCUGGCGUCCCAACGUGGCGGCGAUUCAGAGUCGGAAGAGGAGGUCGCGCGUCGACUGCCCGACCCCGAGAAGGACGACUUUGCGGCCAGGAGGGCGAGGAUGAACCAGGCCAAGCCGGCCGUGCCGCUGCGGCAGCUGCUCUACGGGCCGUUUCCAAAGACGCAGGCGGAGAAAUCGGGGGGCAGCAAACAGCUCUCAAAGGGAAUCUCGGAAAAGAGAAGUCUAGACUGUAAAAGCAGCCAGGGCCGGACCGAAGAGGCGAAGUCAGUGGUGGCCUGUGUCACAAGGGCUCGGGAGGGCGACCCCGUAGAAGAGGGACUCAGGAAGGUGCCGGAUCCUCAGAAGGACGACCUGGCCCAGCGGAGGAUUCAGGGCAGACCUGCCCCUCUGCGGGAGCCGCUGAGCUUUGUCACACGGGCCGGCAUCACCGACGCCGACAUGGAGACCUGGGAGAGGCUGAAGGUGUCGGGGAAGACGAGGGACAGAGACGACCAGCGUGUCUGUGCCCCCCCUGAGCCUCCCCCAGAAAUCAAAGCAGAAACGGCCAUCCGAGACGACCUUGCCGGCCGCAAAGCCAGGGCUUAUAAGAAAGCUUCCGGCCCCAGGCAGAAGUUUGUGCACUUUGGGCCGGUGACCGAGAUAGACCAGCGGAGGUGGCAGCGGCUCAGCAUCGGCAAGCCGGGGCCCAGGGAGCAGGCGGAAGUCACCGGGCACGACAGCAGGAUGCAGACGUGCUCGGGGUCCCCUGGCUCGGCGGCUGCCUCCAGCUUGAAGGAGGAGCAAGUGCUUAACGCACGGAGUGACGGCAGAGUGGCGAGUCCUGGCGUAGGUGACUAUUGGGAAAAGGCCCCGCGGCCGGCUCCCGUGCCGGACUCUCAGGACGAGUGGGGCAGCUGCUCGGGCGAGUGCCCAGCAAGGACAGGACAAGUUCCACCCGGACAGCUGCCACAGGACGGCAAAGAAGAAAAGGAAGGUGCCCCGAGAGAUUCUGAGACGCUGCCCAAGGCAGAAGGGCCGGAGGAGGGCGGCCAGCCGCUGGUGUGUCCUCUCGCCCCUGAACGGGAGUCCUCGGGGACAGGAGAGAGGUCGGAGAAGGCGACAGCUCCUGCCUGGAGCGGCAGGGGACUGGAGGGCCACAGACAGUUGUGUGAUUCACAAAAAGAUGACAUGAUGGCCAGGAGAACUGGGAUGUCCCUUGGACACGCUGGGUCCGACCCGAACCAGUUCCUCCCAGUUCCAUUUGCAAAGCAACAGGAAGUGCAGGAAUAUGCCCAGGGUCUGCCUGUGAGAGAUCAGAGAUACGGUCCGAGAACUCCUGUGUCUGAUGACGCAGAGAGCACGAGCCUGUUCGACGUGCGGACCGAGGAGGAAACCGCGGUGCAGCCGCACAGCAGGGCCCGCCAGGAGCAGCUGCAGCUGAUCAACAGCCAGCUGAGGGAGGAGGACGACAGGUGGCAGGACGACCUGGCUCGUUGGAAGAGCCGUAGAAGAAGUGCUUCUCAGGACUUAAUCAAGAAAGAGGAAGAAAGGAAAAAAAUGGAGAAGCUACUGGCUGGAGAGGAUGGGACACGUGAACGAAGGAAAAGCAUCAAAACCUACAGAGAAAUUGUUCAAGAAAAGGAGCGGAGAGAGCGGGAGUUGCACGAGGCGUAUAAGAACGCUCGGUCCCAGGAGGAGGCAGAGGGGAUCCUCCAGCAGUACAUCGAGAGGUUCACCAUCAGUGAGGCUGUUCUCGAACGCCUCGAGAUGCCAAAAAUUCUGGAAAGAAGCCAUUCAACAGAGCCAAACUCGUCCUCCUUCCCCUCCGACCCCAACCCCAUGAAGUACCUGCGGCAACAGUCCCUGCCUCCGCCCAAGUUCACUGCCAGCGUGGAAACCACCGUUGCUCGUGCCAGCGUUCUGGAUGCCAGCGUGUCCGCAGGCAGUGGGUCUCCAGGCAAAACCGUCCCUCCCAAAGCUGUGCCUAUGCUGACGCCCAAGCCUUAUUCCCAGCCCAGAAACUCUCAAGAGGUUCUGAAGACCUUCAAGGUAGAUGGGAAAGUCAGCAUGAAUGGAGAGAUGCUUCAUGGAGAGGAGGACAAGGAGAGGGAGUGCCCCCCGGCGGCACCUGCCCCCUCCUUGACCAGAUCCCAGAUGUUUGAAGGUGUGGCCAGAGUGCUCGGGUCCCCAGUGGAGCUGAAACAAGACAACAAUAGCAUCGAGAUCAACAUAAAGAAGCCAAAUUCUAUUCCCCAAGAGCUGACAGCAACCACUGAGGAAAGAGAAGCGAAUGGUCGAGACGAUGAGGACGACAGUGGGAAUCCCAGAAGAGGGAACACAGAGCUUGACUCAUCAGAGCCGCGGCACUUCACGGCGACGGUGACCCGCUGCAGCCCUGCCCUGGCCCUUGUGGACUUUCCCCCCAGCCCCCAGCCCAAGAACGACGUGCCAGAAGGAAAAGACCAGAAGAAACCGGAAAACGACAUGAGCGGGAAGGUGGAGCUGGUGCUGUCGCAGAAGGUGGUGAAGCCAAAAUCCCCAGAACCAGAAGCAACCCUGACGUUUCCGUUUCUGGACAAAAUGCCUGAAACCAACCAAGUACAUUUGCCAAAUCUCAAUUCUCAAGUGGAUUCUCCGAGCAGCGAAAAGUCUCCUGCGACUACACCUUUUAAGUUCUGGGCGUGGGACCCGGAAGAGGAGCGCAGGAGGCAGGAGAGAUGGCAGCAGGAGCAGGAGCGUCUGCUCCAGGAGAGAUACCAGAAGGAGCAGGACAAGCUGAAAGAAGAGUGGGAAAAGGCCCAAAAGGAGGUGGAAGAGGAAGAACGCAGAUACUAUGAGGAGGAGCGCAAGAUAAUUGAGGGCACGGUGGUUCCCUUCACCGUGACUUCGAGCUCUGGAGACCAGCUGUCCUCGUCCUCCUCUGUGGCCGACAGCAAUGGGGCAAUGAAUAAGAAGGACUUGGAAAACUGUCAAGAUGGAAAACUAGAAAAAAGACAGAAGAAACCACUGCAGGAGGAUGACGAUGACUUCCUGCUCAAGCCCAGGGACAGCGACGCGCUGGCGGGGGAGGGCAGCCUCGCUCAGGGGGCCCUGGCUCCUUCUGAGAGCCCCGUGUCACCAGGAAGCCACCAGGAGCCUCGGGCAGACGCAGAGGCUGGGACCCCGCCCCGUGGGCCGAACCCCCAGCCAGCUCAGGAUCCAUCCCAGAAUCAGCAGGUGUCAAACCCAGCCACGCUCGCUGCAGCCGAGAUGAAGCCAAAAUCCCUCCCGCUGGACAAGAGCGUUAACCAUCAGAUUGAGUCCCCCAGCGAAAGGCGGAAGAAAAGCCCCCGAGAGAACUUCCAGGCCGGGCCCUUGUCCCCCUGCUCUCCCACCCCUCCCGGCCAGUCGCCAAACAGGUCUGUCAGCGGGAAGAAGCCGUGUUCUUCCUGUGGGCUCCCUCUGGGCAAAGGAGCGGCGAUGAUCAUCGAGACCCUGAGUCUCUACUUCCACAUCCAGUGUUUCAGAUGUGGCAUCUGCAAGGGACAGCUGGGGGACGCCGUCAGCGGGACGGACGUCAGGAUCCGGAACGGUCUCCUCAACUGUAACGACUGCUACCUGCGGUCGCGGAGUGCUGGCCAGCCCACGACGUUGUGACAGGUCCCAGCGUCCAGACCACUCGCCAUUUCUUCACUGAUGGUGCCCGUGGCAACCGCUUAACAAAAUCCCAAGCUCUGGGGCUUCUCAGCAUUCACCUAAUUUCAGAAAGGCGAAUCUAAAAGGUGGUAUCUGUUCUUCUGUAGCACAGUGUUUGUGUUUUCCCUGGGUUUUUUUUUUUUUUCUUGUUGUUCAUUUGUUUUUGCAUCUGCACAGUCUAUACAGAAGCAUCUUGGAUUGUAUGGAUCCUGACCAGUUCAGAAAGGUUACAGCAUCAUCCAACAGGCUUACGGUUUAAAGUGUGUUAUUUUUUUCUUUGAGAGUUAGCGAAAUGAUGCAGUAAACCUGUUUUGUUUUAGAACUUCUGGGAAUUAAACACUUUGUUUACAGAAUUGAGCUGCAGAAAGUGCAAGACAUGCCAAUUUGAGACGCGUGGUCUUCUAAGACAGGAGCGUAAAUUCAGUGUGUUCAGAAACUCAGCACCCCCGUGAGCUCCGUCUCUGAGCUAUAACUUGUUUUUAACGCAGAGACGCUAGUCCGGUAAUACAUACUGUAAUCCUGAACCAUUUGUGUUACUGACCUUUUGAGGUAGAAAUUAUACCAAUAAAUUAUUGCACCGUUAGUAUUAGAUUCUGUGUACCUGGGAAGUUACGGCGUUAACACAGGCUGGUUCCUCGAGCAAAGAGAACCCUUGCAGUGUCAGCUAGACUCACACUCUGGGACGUUGCCCAGGGCUCGAGGAAACCGGAGGGAGAUAGUUCAGUCGUCAUUUCCAAAGUUAUUACCGAAAUCUGUGAGGAAGUUCAAUCUUCCCGGGAGUGGCAGGUCGGUGACAGCCACGAGGCCAUUGUUCUUGCUUCUCCCCCGGCGUUAGAUUAGGAGACUUCAUAUGAGCUUUGUGGAGUGUGGGACAUGGAGCUGAGGCCAUCGGUGGGUGCGACCGCGGCUCCCCCUUGCUGCAAGUUCUCCCCGAGCGCCCGAAGCACAGGUGUGCAGAGCAGGCAGCAAGUCCGUGCUCACAGCAUCCAAACGGCACAGGAUGGGAUGGGUCAGCCGUCCCUGCGGCUGGCACGGUGCCCUGCCCGCCCCGACGGACACGUGCUCGUCUUCCUCCUCCCGCGUCACCUUCGUCCCGCCCAGGGUUCUGGACCCCGCUCAAGAAGCUGAGAGAGGAGCUCUGGUAAAGAACUGUGCGUGUCCCGCCCUGUGGGAUGAGUUUCAGCUCGCCAGGAAACGAACGCAGUCACUAAACAGCAUCCAAUUUAGAUCUCCUGGCUGUUGGUGUGUUUGUUUGUUUUUUUUUUUUUAAAGACUGGGGAAAGGGGAACUAUUUAUUCUGCCUUAAAACGAUGGCAAAUGAGUCAAGAUGGGACGUUUUGUGAAUGCAGACUGUAGAUACCCUCCGAAUAGAUUAGCGUAGUCAUAAAAGGAGAUCAAGUAAGUGUUUUUCUGUUAUGUAAGCAAUAAUUUUUCCUGUGUCUCAUCGGGUGUGGCUGGCAGUUAUUUAUUUACAUGUUCGAGGGGGUCUUUGCAUGGGGGUUCCAUAGAGGUGAAGAAAUUUCCUCAGCCACUGGAGGUAUUUGGGCCGCUUUUGUCAUUUGGAUGAGCUGUUAUUAGAUCAAAAUUUACACAUCAUUUCAUUAAAAAUUGUGCCUUAGAACACGCAGAGCUGUCACACCUAGUCAGUGAUGGGUCACAGACGCCACACACUGAGGGGGACGAAGUCACUUCCAGGCCACCAAGACUUCUCACGGAAGGGUUUGCUGUUUUACAGGAAAAAAAAAAAUUACAAAAAAAAAAAAAGAAAAAAUUAAAAAGAAAAAGAAAAAAGUUUUGAAAAUGUAUAGAUGAAGUCCAAUAUUUUGAUUAACUGCCUGCAUGUUUUAUUAAAUAUUUUGAUAAUGUGGAUGUUUACACUUUGCAUGAUGAUAGGAGAGUCCUUCACCACAAAUGCACAGCACAUGUACAGUACAGCCGUUCACAACCGGUUUUUAUAGCAGACUUUUUACAUGCGGAACGCCAUCCAUUAUGUGAGGAUUAUAGGCAUAUUGCACAUUCUCUUCCAGUCUCACAAACCCAUUUAUACAUAUCUCUUAGCAAGGCUCAUUGUACAUGUAGUGAAGCUAGAAUCGAGUCAAGACACAUGAAGCCCCAUCCUCCAACUGCAAAACCUGCUUUCCCAUAAUGAGCACGAGUCACCAGCACAGAAUAAUCUCCCACAUUUCCUAAAUUCUAAUUGCCAACUGUUUCUAUUUCUAUUUGAUUCAUAUUUCAUUUGCAGUCUGUUACAUGGCAGCUCAGGCAGACUGGGUCUUGUUGUUCCCAAUGCAGCAUAAUGAGUGUGAUCUAUUUCUUCUCAAAUAAUCUUUGAAAUCCCAGGAAAAAAAAAUGCUCUGCUCUGUUGAGCUAUCAUGUAAAUGUGUUUGUUUAAAAAACUGAUGAGGCAAGUGAGUGAUUUAUGGUUCCUGAGGAAGUAUAUCUGAUUUUUUUCUUCACACUCCAAAAGCUAGUCCCUUCUCUUUCUUAAGAAAAAAAAUGGGUAACUCCUUGUUUUUCACUAGCAAACUUUCAUGACAUUUCCUCACUCUUUCUAUGUAGUGUUAUUAAUGCAGCAUAUAUUAUAGUUAUCUAUCCACAGUGUAAGGAUUAACAAACCGAAAUGAUCCACCUCAUGUGUGAGUCCAUCCAAAAGAUGUUACUAUUCUGGGUGGGCCGAUGUUCUCUCUCAGUUACACUAACUUUCGUUAAAAUAUUUAUUCUAAAAUGCCUCUGAGAAAUAGUAAAAAAAUAAAAAUAAAAAUAAAAAGUUGUCUAAAAAUGCAACAGCUUUUAUAGUAAAUGUACAUUUAUAAAUAAAAUACUCAAAUC